AUGCUGUCUGAGGAGAUAUUUAUGGCGUCUCGUCUGCUGGCCCGACUCGAGGGAGCGGCGAGGGGAGCGACGCAGGCCGGAGCGCCUGAACAUGACGUCAGCCUGAGUAGCGACCUCCAGUCCUCACUCGUUGUUAAGAUACCUACCUUCAACGGAGAUCUGAUGAAGUGGAGAGCGUUCUGGGAACUGUUCUCUGUGUCCAUCCACUGUAACAGCCGCUACGCCAAUGUUCAAAAAUUUGUCGCACUGAAGUCUCACCUGAGUGGUGCAGCCGAGAAAGCUAUCGAUGGAAUCCCCGUCUCGGGGGAUGGAUACCUCGCCGCUGUCGACAUCCUCCAAAAGCGGUUCCAAAGGGCAGAUGUCGAAAAGGAGAACCUCAUGAAACAGAUCCUCGAUGCACCUACCGUCCAUAACAGCAGUGAUCUGAAAGGCAUGCGGUGCCUAAUAGAUCAUCUGUCAGCUCAUACAAGAGCUCUCCUCGUUCUCGGUGUGACUACCGAGAGCUUCUCCAACUUCCUCUUGCCUGUGAUGAAGGACAAGGUUCCUGAAAGAUGGAGGCUGGACUGGGUUCGACAAGAGAAGUCCAGCUAUGAGGACUUCCUGGCAUUCCUGGAGAAGGAGUCGCUGCGGCGCCAGCAGCAGAGCACUCCGCCUCCGACCAGCCUGUUCACCGAGCUGGGCACCACAGCCACGGCGCGCCCGUGCGACCUCAUCUCGGACCACGCGCUCCCCGACCACAACAGCUUCCAGGCGCUGUCGGCCGACUGCGAGCCCAGCGCUGACCCGCUGUGGGCCGACUGCGAGCCCAGCGCUGACCCGCUGUGGGCCGACUGCGAGCCCAGCGCUGACCCGCUGGCGGUGGCCGAGCACAGACGGCUGCAGCAGGAGCGCAAACAGCGCACCCGAGGGCGGCGGCUGGCCUGCGGGUACGUGUGCUGGCUGUGCUGCGCGCUGCUGGUGGUGGCGCUGGCCGCCGGCGUCGGUGUCAGUGUACCGCUGGUGCUGCGACUCGAGCCGUCUGCCGGUCUGCAGCAGCGACUGCACACGGCCAAGCAGAUCCUGAGCCAGGUGCCGCUCAUUGACGGGCACAACGAUCUACCGUGGAACAUUCGCAAGUUUGUGCACAAUAACUUACGGAUAUUUAACUUUAGCGCCGACCUGCGCGCCGCCGAGCCGUGGGCUUCCAGUCCGUGGUCGCACACGGACAUCGGCCGACUGCGGCGCGGCCACGUGGGCGCCCAGUUUUGGGCGGCCUACGUGCCGUGCGAGUCGCAAUACAAGAACGCCGUCCAGAUGGCCCUGGAACAGGUGGACCUCAUCAAACGACUGGUGCACCAGUACUCGGACUACCUCAGUCUGGCGCUCACUGCCGAAGAGCGCACACCUCUGGUGAGGGAAGACACGGCGGCCGUGGGCAGCGGCAAUAAGGCCCCCCGAGAAGUACUCGGUGUGUGCUACUCGCAGCCGAUUGUAUAG